AUUUGUGUUCCAGCUCUAUAGCAUAAAAAAUUCGUAGAUUUAACAGCGCAUAGCAACUGCUCGAAGCCUCCUUUUGCAACCACAACAAGAUAAACAACAACAGUAGCAACAAUAACGUCAGCCAUAACAUGGAGAACGUCGAUGAGGCCCCACCACUCUCUUCGGAGAGCAACAGCAAUAGCAACAACAGCAGCGCCAGCAGCAGCUCUCACCAGCUCUCUCAAUCGGGAGCGGGUCCCAUGGGCGCCGAAAUCGCCCCCACUUCGUCUCAGUCACUGUCUCGUUCACACUCUCAUUCGCCCUCGCCAUCCCCCUCUCAAUCCAAUCCCGAUCACCCGAAUCCCCCAUUAAAUGCAUUUGAAAUGGAGGCUAGAGAGAAUUCAUCGCAUGAUCACUCACCCACUCCUACUUUCCACCAGACUGCACCGCCACCCACGACUCCAUCGACGGCACCGCAGCAAGAAGAGCGGGAGCAGCCAGAGCAGCAAUAUCCGGCCUUGCACGACCAAGAUCAGCAGCCACAGCCGCAGGAUCAGCAGGAAAUUUCGACUUUGCAGGACCAAGAGUCACAUCCACUGCAGGAUCAGCAACAUAAUCAAAAUCCACCCCAAGAUCAGCAAUUACAAGCAUUGCAGGAUCAACAUCAAGCGCAAAAUCGGGAAUUGCAACAUAUAGAGGGACUAAUACGUCACCCGGAGUUGCCAAACCCAGAAGUAUCGCUGGAAAAUCAACAGCAACCAGGACAAGGCGACACCGACGAACAGCCGGAUGAGGCACAAGUUCGAGAGCCCGAAGUCCAAGCAGAAGCCGAACCACCACCACCGCUGCUUCUUGAAGAUUUGGACGAGCAGGACUCCGAGUCGCAAGAACUGAACGAACACCAGCCGGCAGUGAUCAUAGACGCCAACGCCAUAGCCGAAACUAUAGACGCCAACGCCGUGGAGCGCAUCGACGACUACGAAGACGACGACGAGGAGGUGGAUGAAGAGGAGGAGGUAGUGGACGACCGGGUCGAUAGAGCCGGUGAGGUCGCAUCCGUUUCCGGAGCCCAGCGGCUGCACUCGGUUGCCGUUUUGCCGCGCUACUCCUCAGCUUCACGUGUACCACGAAGCAGCAGCAGUAGCAACAACAAUAAUAAUAACAACAAUAAUAAUAGCAAUCAUAAUAAUAACAAUAACAGCAGCAGCAGCGGUCUAUCGCGACGAACUCGCCAUUUUUAUAGCAACAACGGCAGUCACUUCAGCAACGACAUGUUCCCCAGCCACGCCCCCCGCAGCAGCACCCAGACAUCAUCGCCCCGGGUCGGAGGUCGUCGCCAUCACUCGACCACGGCUGCCACCUCGAACUCUCCACAGCACCAGGGCGUGGAUCCCUUAAGGUUGCUCUAUCCCAAUGUCAACGAAAGCGAAACACCGCUGCCCAGGUGCUGGAGCCCACAUGACAAGUGCUUGUCCAUUGGAUUGUCACAGAACAACCUAAGGGUCACCUACAAGGGAGUGGGUAAACAGCAUAGUGAUGCCGCCUCCGUGCGCACUGCCUAUCCGAUACCGUCCUCCUGCGGUCUCUACUACUUCGAGGUGCGGAUUAUCUCCAAGGGACGCAAUGGCUACAUGGGCAUCGGUCUGACCGCUCAGCAGUUCCGGAUGAACCGUCUGCCAGUAGGUUGGGACAAGCAGUCAUACGGUUACCAUGGCGACGAUGGUAACUCAUUCAGCUCCUCUGGAAAUGGCCAGACCUAUGGGCCCACCUUUACCACCGGCGAUGUGAUUGGAUGCUGCGUGAACUUUGUGAACAACACUUGCUUCUACACCAAGAACGGAGUGGAUUUGGGCAUCGCAUUUAGGGAUUUACCGACCAAGCUAUAUCCGACUGUGGGACUACAGACUCCCGGCGAGGAAGUAGAUGCUAACUUUGGUCAGGAACCAUUUAAGUUCGACAAGAUCGUCGAUAUGAUGAAGGAGAUGCGCUCAAAUGUGCUGCGCAAGAUUGACAGAUAUCCACAUCUCCUGGAAACUCCAGAGAAUCUGAUGAAUCGUCUGGUUUCCACCUAUCUGGUGCAUAAUGCCUUUAGCAAGACCGCCGAGGCCUUCAAUGGCUAUACAAACCAGAGUUUCGACGAAGACUUGGCAUCCAUCAAGAUACGACAAAAGAUCAUAAAGCUCAUUCUGACAGGCAAAAUGAGCCAAGCUAUCGAGCACACAUUACGUUCUUUUCCCGGACUUCUGGAAAACAAUAAGAACCUCUGGUUCGCCCUGAAGUGCCGCCAAUUUAUUGAAAUGAUCAAUGGAGCAGACAUUGAGAAUGUCAACAACAAAGUAACCGCCACUACACAGACCAUGCCCACAAACCAGACGUCCGUGAUACAGUCCACCAAGGCGUUCAAGCACAGCAAGAGCGGCAAUGGCAAUGGCAACGUCAACAUUAAUCAGACUCAACAACAACAGAACAACACUGCGAUUCCAGCUGUGAUAAAGCCACAAGGCGGCGGCGAUAAGCCAGAAAUCAAAAACAUGAUGGUUGAUGACAACUCCAACAAGUGCGUGGAGCACGAUAGCAACAGCAUGGACGUGGAAAUGGAGCCCUGCCAGAGUCACUCCAACGGCGGCGAUUCCUGUUCUAAUGGCAAUGCCAGCGCUGUGCGCAACUCUCUAGAUGCCAUCGACGAGGAAAUGGAUGUAGAUGUUUCACCCUCUUCGCGCAGCUGUGGCCGUGUGAUCGAGAAGAUCCUUGAGUUUGGCAAGGAACUGUCCAGUAUGGGCCAGCAGCUCGAGAAGGAGAACCUCAUGACUGAAGAGGAGCGUCAAAUGUUGGAGGAUGCAUUUAGCUUGAUUGCUUACUCAAAUCCCUGGUCCAGUCCGCUGGGCUGGCUUUUGUGUCCCUCGCGACGUGAGAACGUUUCCACCACACUCAAUUCGGCCAUAUUGGAGUCACUGAACUGCGAGCGCCGUCCGCCGCUGGAGUAUCUGGUGGCUCACGCCUCCGAGCUGAUCAAGGUGAUUGGACAGCACUCGCUGGGCGAGGACGCUUUCAUUACAAUCGACGAUGUGUUCCCGCAAAAUUGA